GCCUCUCGCCUUAAACAUUCUUCUUUUACCCCCUCUUCUUGCUUGCCCCCACCCUUGAUGUCCUGUUGAUUGUUCAUGCACUACACUAUGUUACGCCCGUUUACCUAGCUCAAUACUCACAUCUUUACAUUAUCUUCCAAUUCACUCAUCUGCGAAUCUCCACCAUGGCCUCUGCCCCGGGUUAUUCCGCCUCUGGCAGGGCCCGGUUAUCCGACGCGGGUAUGACAUCAAUUCACCAGGCCGAAAACACGAAUGAGUCGACAACUACAACAAACAUCACGAGUCAGUCCGCCGGAAAUAGCGAACUCGCCGACGAACCGGUGCUGCUCAACCGACCAUCUUCCGCCGAGACCGCCACCCACGAACCUACGAUGACGGACAAGUCCAAUCUAGUCAACCCAUCAUCAUCACCGUCACCACCGCCCAACAACGAUGACGAGCCGCGCAAAUGUUGGAUCUGCUACGCGGACGAAACAGAAGACACGCCGCUGACUUCCGAGUGGCGGUCGCCGUGCCCUUGCGCGCUGACCGCGCACGAAGCCUGCCUCCUCGACUGGCUGGCCGAUUUGGAAAACCCGCGGUCCCGCAAGCGCAACGGCGCCAGCGCGAAAAUGGUCUGCCCGCAGUGCAAGUCGGAGAUCGUCGUCUCGCGGCCGCGGAGCUACAUUGUGGAAAUCGUGCGGCUGUUUGAGCGGGUGGCCGGCCGGCUCGUGCUGCCGGGGAUGGUGUUCACCCUGGCGGGAACGGUGUGGGCGGGCUGCUGUGUGCACGGGGUCUACUCGAUGUAUUUUGUUUUCGGUACUGAAGAGGCGCGGCAUAUCCUGGAGGAGUCGAUCGACGGGUCGUGGAACUCCGGGUUGAAUCUGGGGUUGCCGCUCAUCCCCAUGUGCUUGAUCCUGACCCGCACGCGGUACUCAGAGAGCCUCCUCGCCGCAAUUCCGUUCUUGUUGUUGGUGACACGCCAGCCGGUGAUUGAACCGGCCGCUACGGAUCUUUGGCCACCGACGCCGGCAGCGACAUUCGCCGCUCUGCCGUACGUGAAACGGCUGUAUUCGCUGCUGUAUGAUCGGUUGUUUGGUAAGCUGGAGAAGAAGUGGAUUCGAGAGGUGCAGCCGAGACAGUCGGAUAUCAACGAGUUCGACGAUAAUGCACCGCCGAAUCAUCCGGAGCCGAUCGCUGAUGAAGGUGAGGCGGACGAUGAGAACGGGCGGGUCCUGAUGGAGAUCGAUUUCGAGCUGCAGGUGGGAGUGAGAGGGGACGACGGGGCUCAGGGGUUGUUUGAGUUCAACAACGGAGGGCAAGGUGGGGACAGACAGCAGCAACAAGCUGGGCCGAAUGGCGGGGGCGCAGAAGGGCAGGGGCUAGGGUUGGGCCGGCGAGAUGACCUGGUCCACGAGACGACGAACCUUGCGGAUUUGAUUCUCGGGGCUCUCGCUUUCCCGGCCAUUUCUGCGUCGAUGGGUGGCUUGCUUAGGCAUGUGUUGCCGCGCUCGUGGACUGCGGCUUCGACAGCCGGUCGACCGGGCCUGUUGCAGACGCGCUGGGGUCGCAGCGUCGUGGGAGGUUGUGUGUUUGUCUUGUUGAAGGAUGCCCUGGUGCUUUACUGUCGGUGGAAGUUGGCGCAGACCCAUCGUCGCCGUAAGGUGCUCAACUACGAUCGGGCCAAGAAGCACAUACGGGCGAGUAGCAGGGCGACCGCCCACCCUUAAACACUGGGCACGACCACUUGCAUUCACGAGGCGUUUGUUCUGGCGGAUGGGAUGGACAUUUUCAUGAUACACUUUUCGUUUUGCAAGCUCUCCUAUUUUUUUUUCUUUUUUUUCUUUUUUCUUUUUUUUUUUUUUUGGUGGACAAAGUCCUAGUGCAU